AACCUCGCGUCGUAGUAGAAGACGAUUUGCAAACUUGAGUGGAAUGAAUUAUUUUACAAGCUUAUUUUUCUCUGGACUAGUAGCUUUAUGUCUGGCAGAGUACUCAGAGAAACAAAAACAAACACAGAGUUAUAUCGUUGGAAAAUGUGCUGAAGAACAGGAUAUAAAGUUGAACAGUGACUUUGCGAAACAAUGGAUGUACACAGGACUCCUUUACCCAGAUGAGAUAUCGAAGAAAUAUGCGGUUUGUCUUGACCGCGCUAUAGGUGUCAUGGAUGCUGACGGGACGAUUAAUCCUCAACCUUUGAUUGACUUUCUGGCCGAUCGUUAUGACGUUCAGAUAAUAACAGAACAUAUUAAUAAAUGUAACACGGGUGAGGGAGACACCAUCGAAGAUAGAGGAUACAACUUCUACAAGUGUUACUGGGGUGACAUGUCAUUCAAUUCGUAUCUGGCCGGUACUUAGCAUUGAAAAUAAAAAAAAAACAAUCCCUUAUCCACAUGGUGAUUUGAUAAUGUAUUUUCAAAUUCAAUUGAUUCAUUCAAAUGAACAGGAAAAUAUAUAAUAAGUACA